UCUCCUCUCUGAAAGUCGUUUUCCCAUUUAAAUCUUUCAUCUUUGAUCUUAAUUCUUUAAUACCAAGUCCCCUGUUUCCAGAUCAUCAUCCGCUACUUCCAUUAACAAAAGCUCUCAGCCGUUGAUCUGAUUCCGCGUCCCGUACAUAAAGCAUUCAACUUUCCAGGUUGGGAAUCCGAGUUUCCCAUUCUUUUCGCUUACCCAGGAAUCCAAUUCCCCUGGAGACAAAUCUUCAUGCUUCCAUUGUUGUUUUCCGUUUUCGGAAUCAUCGAAAUUUUAGCGCUUUUCAGUGCUUCAAGAUCUUCUAUUGCCUGUAGUGUCGAUCAAGGAUUUGCUGGAGGAGGCUGAGCUUAAAGUUGGGAUUUUCCUAGUUUGGAAAGAUAACGAAGAGUUGGGGUUUCUUCUUUAGCCAUUUGUACGCAUGCUUUUGGGGUUUUAUUUGGUUGUUGAUAUAGUUUAGGUAAUUAUUUCGCACAAAUUGCUUGAUUUGGAAAACAAUGACUUGGGCUUCGCCCAAAGGUUCGAUUUCAAUGACUUCCUACCCGAAAGGUCUUUCUUGGAUUGUAGUUUCGGGGGUGGCAUUGGCUUUGUUCUUACUUUUUGCUUCCUGGGUUUUAGUUACUUAUCCAAUUGGUUCCACGGUUAGCUGGUAUUUCUAUGGUGUUGAUAGUAUGCAGAAAUUGGAUUAUUCUAGCUCUAUAGGGAAUCCCAUGUCCCACGAUUCUCCUCUUCCUAACAAUGUAGAUAGUGUUGAUAAGAAUGUGUUAUCCGAUUCUAAUUUAGAUGUUCGGAGAAGUUCAGAUGAUCCACAACCAAAAGUUGUUGAUCAUCAAACUGAGUCUAAUUUAGAAGUUCCAAAAAGUUCAGAUGGUCCGCAAACAAAAGUUAUUGAUCAGAAUAUUCCUACUGAAUUGAAUUCACAAGUACCUACGACAUCAGAUGGUUCAGUGGUAGUUUCAGAAACUAGAGAGAUCAAAGAUGUACCAGAUGUGACAGGAAACUCAUCCGGUUCAUCAGACAAUGAAAAUGUUGGAUCAGUGCCUGCUUUUCAACCUGCUUCAUCAAUUGUUGACGGUAUGAUAAAAACUGAUAAGAAUUUGUCAGAUGAGUCCAAUCCACAACUGUCCUCACAUUCAAGUGAUCCAUCAAUAGUUUCAGAAAUAAAGGAGACAAAGGAUAGAGAAGCACCUGCUCUUGGGCCAUCUAAUAACACAAUGCAAGAAGAAGGGGCUAAGGUUGCUUCUGGUUUGUCCAAUGUUACAGAAAUUGAAGAAAAUGAACCUGUUUCUGUGAGUCUUUCCAACAAUUCAGACAUCGCACACAUUGAGCCAAAUGAUACUAUUUCAGCUCCAUCUGAUUCCAAACCUGAAGGCAUCCCAGCUUCUACUCAGCUGCGCAACAAUGCAACCAGUGGUGGUUCCGUUGAUUCAGGCUGUGAUCUAUACAGUGGAAGUUGGAUUUAUGAUUCAGAAGGACCGCUAUAUACAAACAAUACAUGUCCUGUCCUGACACAGAUGCAAAAUUGCCAGGGAAAUGGGAGGCCUGACAAGCAGUAUGAGAAUUGGCGAUGGAAGCCCUUUCAGUGUGACCUGCCACAUUUUGAUCCCAGGAAAUUUCUAGAGUUGAUGAGGGGAAAAACAAUAGCUUUCAUUGGUGAUUCCGUUGCUCGAAACCAUAUGGAAUCAUUGUUGUGCAUGCUCUGGCAGGUAGAAGUUCCAAAAAAUCGGGGGAACAAGAGAAUGCAACGCUAUUAUUUCAAGUCGACAUCUACAUUUGUUGUCCGGAUUUGGUCCUCAUGGCUUGUGAAACAAACAAACCAGGCAUUUGAUUUUGCUCAAGAGGGUGUGGCCAAGCUCCACCUUGAUGCCCCUGAUGACAAAUUCAUAGAUCUCAUCCCAAAGUUCGAUGUGAUUAUUUUCUCUUCCGGCCAUUGGUUCGCCAAGCAGUCGGUCUAUAUCUUAAACAACGAGAUAGUGGGAGGGCAGUUGUGGUGGCCGGACAAUUCAAGGCCUAUGAAGGUUAACAACAUUGAAGCAUUUGGAAUAUCUGUCGAGACAAUUCUCACUGCUGUUGCUAGACAUCCGAAUUAUACAGGGAUUGCGAUUGUGCGGUCCUAUUCACCUGACCAUUACGAGGGUGGAGCUUGGAACACAGGAGGAUCAUGCACGGGGAAGGUCAAGCCUCUUGCGCUUGGCGAAGUAGUGGAAAAUGGCUUUACAAACAUAAUGCAUGAAAAACAGGUUAUGGGAUUCAACCGUGCGAUUCAGAAAGGUGUGACAAACAAAUCGAAGUUGAAGUUGAUGGAUAUCACGAAACCUUUUGAGUACCGCCAUGACGGACAUCCAGGCCCGUACAGAAGCCCGGAUCCUAAUAAGAAAACACAGCGGGGACCAGACGGAAGGCCUCCGCCGCAGGAUUGCUUGCACUGGUGCAUGCCGGGUCCGGUUGAUACAUGGAACGAAUUUGUGCUUGAAAUUAUAAGGAGAGAAUAUGAGGGCAGCAACGACUCUUCUUCAUGAGUUGGUGAAAGGCUUAUAGAGUAACCAUUUUUUGUUUAAAAUUAUUUAAAUAUUAGCUUGUAGAGUAAUUAUUUGUUGGAUUAGAUGGGAGAAUUAGCCGCUAAUUCUGUAUUUUGAGAGCAAUUAGAGUAAAUAAGUGAUUUGCUUGUUUAGCUAUGUACUUGUGUCAUACAUCUCAAUUUAAGAUUACAUAAAAAACUUUCUUUUUAUAA